UUGACGUGUAACAAUAUCAUUGGUCAAACUCUCUAAAAACUCGCAUUCCUCCCCAAAAAAACUUUUCAUUUGCAUUUGCCUUUCCCUUCUUUGCCUUCUCCCAUUUCUACGGGUUCCUUUUUUCCUCCUCUUCCUUGCCAUUUUCCCGGAAAAUUCAAUUUUCCCGGAAAAGGCAUAAUAUUCAUCUAUCUGGUUAUAAAAUUAUUUGAAUAUUGCUAAUUAUUUUAUCACUGUUAAUAUAUAUAUAUAAUAUACGUUUACGUGAUUAUUUUUUUAUUUUUAGUUUAAGGUUGAGGUGAAUAAUUUGAUUUGAUUGGAUUGAAUUGGAGUUGAGAUGACGACGAGUCAUGGAGGAGGAUCGUCGUCGAGGAGAAGCUCGAUGUCGAUGACGAGCUCGGCGUCAAACUUGAAGAAGAAACCAGGUGGUGAGAAUGGAGGAGGAGGAGGAGGACAGCCUGAUUCCGCUUCUAGAAAGUCUUUGUCGUCGUCUCGUUCCAUGGGACUGAACGGAGAGAGGACAGUUAAGAGACUGCGACUGUCGAAAGCCCUAACAGUACCUGAUACUACAAGUAUUUAUGAAGCUUGCCGCAGGAUGGCUGCUCGCAGAGUAGAUGCUUUAUUGCUGACUGACUCAAAUGCAUUACUAUGUGGUAUCCUGACAGAUAAGGACAUAGCGACAAGGGUUAUUGCUCGUGAAGUUAAUAUUCAGGAAACACCAGUUUCAAAGAUUAUGACGAAAAAUCCUGUUUUUGUGCUUUCUGAUACACUAGCUGUAGAAGCCUUGCAGAAAAUGGUGCUAGGAAAAUUCAGACAUUUGCCAGUUGUGGAAAAUGGAGAGGUCAUUGCUUUGCUUGAUAUAGCAAAAUGUCUUUAUGAUGCCAUAGCUCGACUUGAAAGGGCAGCUGAGAAAGGAAAGGCCAUUGCUGCUGCUGUUGAGGGUGUUGAAAAGCACUGGGGCUCGUCUGUUUCUGGUUCUAUUACAUUUAUUGAAGCACUUCAGGAGCGGAUGUUCAAGCCUUCACUGUCAACCAUCAUCUCUGAGAAUUCAAAGGUUGUUAUGGUUGAACCAAGUGAUACUGUUCUAACCGCAGCAAAAAAGAUGCUUGAAUUUCGAGCAAGCUCAGCAAUAGUAAUGGUUGACAACAAACCACGAGGAAUUUUAACUUCAAAAGACAUGUUGAUGCGAGUCAUUGCUCAAGAUCUCUCCCCUGAGUCCAUUCUCGUUGAGAGGGUAAUGACCCCCAGUCCAGAAUGUUCUACAACCGAUACACCUAUUGUCGAUGCUUUACAUACAAUGCAUGAUGGCAAAUUUUUACACCUUCCUGUGGUUGAUAAAGAGGGAAUGGUAGUUGCUGUCCUUGAUGUUCUUCAUAUCACUCAUGCAGCUGUAGCCACGGUGGGAAAUACUGGUGGCGGGAACAAUGAAGCUGCAAACAGUAUGAUGCAAAAAUUUUGGGAUUCGGCUAUGGCAUUGACUCCAGAGGAUGAUGAAGAGACACGGAGCGAGGGUUCAUUGAAAUUAGCUUCUGAAGGUGCAGAAACAGGAAGAUCGACUCCUUUUCCUUCGGCGAGCCUGCCAAAUACUUUUGCCUUCAAGAUUCAAGAUCGAAAGGGAAGGAUGCACAGAUUCAACUGUGAUACACGGAGCGUGACAGAGCUCAUAACUGCAAUCAUUCAGAGACUGGGGGAUGACAUUGACCGAAACAAACUUCCUCAGAUUUUGUAUGAAGAUGAAGACCAUGACAAGGUUAUCCUAGCAUCAGAUAGUGAUCUUGUAGCGGCAGUUGAACAUGCAAAGUUGUCAGGCUGGAAGGGAUUGAGAUUGCAUUUAGACUAUAUAGGAACGCCUCGUCAUAGGAGAGGUUCCAACUCAGAAAGUGUGGAUUAUGCUCAUCCAGAAACUGCAUGGGCUACAGCCUAUACCGCGGUAGCAGCUGGCGCUGCAUUAGCUGCGAGUUUAGGUGUAUUCGCUUUCUUAAGGAGAUCCGGUGAAUGAUCACUUGAAAGUUUCGCCACGUGAUAUACACUGCAAUGAGUCAGAGUAUGAUUGUAUGAAUGUUGGCUGUGCUAUAAGAUUUGGAUCAGUAGCUCUAAAUUGGAGUCCUUUUUAUCUUUGUGCUGAAUAUGAUGUAUAAUGCUGAGAAUUGUAUCCUCUAUACACCCUUUGUAACUCACUGACCUAAGCAAAUUUUAGUUCUCGGUGUGUAAUAGAAUUCACAUGAGUCAUUGACGUUUAUGUAAAGAUAUUUUGGGAAACAACUUUUGCUUGUACUUGUAAUGACGAAUUUACAUUUAUUGUCAAUGUCCGUGAAUAUAAAAAAACAAUCCGGUUGAA